AGUAGGUCGUACCUCGUGGUAAUUUGGAGUACAUUGCCUAUGCAGUCUACGCUCACUGCUCGACCACUUGUCGUCCAUUCUGCGGUCCGCGACUUCUUCUUAAUGACGAUGAAAAAGUGCGUGGAUUAUCUGUAGUGACACAAUUUGUUGUUUGUUUUCAACCAUAAUCGUUUCAUAUAUUUUGUGCUUGUUACUGUGUGCUCGGUUAGUUCUGAUUCUGUUCAUUCGAAAUGGGAACGUACAAGAUCAACUUGUUCAAUGAUGUACAUGGAUAAUGGAGCAUAUAAUAAGGACCCUGAGAAAGGCACCGAGUUGUUAGAGCAGAAGGAGGCAACGAAAUCAAACCAGAGUCCGAAGCAAGGGAAGAAGGUCUCACAGACGCAGACCCAGACGCAGGCAAAUGGAAGCAGCGGAAUCCAGACGGAUCCGCAGACCCCAGCGACAUCUUGUAGACCGGAUGUUUGUCAAGCAGCGAGGGCUAAAUACGCGCCUCCGGAUCUCUCGGGUGGUCCAUGGCAUCGGAAGAAGACGAUAUUUUUAGGCAUAACCCUAGGCUCCUUAAUUCUAUGGAUAAUCAUAUAUUCGACAUUAAGUAAAAUGAAUCUAUUGUGAUAGUGAUAUUAGUGAAUAAGUAUAUUUUUAAAAAAACCGUUUUUAAUUAUAUUUAUAUGUACCAAAACGACAUUCUGCUUCCCAUAUUCCUAUUAAAAGUGUUUUUAUUCUUUUAUU